AUGAAAUUGCAAACCUGGAGGUUUGUUUGGACACCGGCAGCUACAGGUGGAACAAGUGCAUUUGGUGGUAAUUCUGCUUUUGGAAGUACAAGUUCAGCUUUCGGCCAGCAAAAAACUGGAGGAUUGUUUGGUAGCACAGGUGGAACAUCCUCAUUUGGAUCCACAACUACUGGAGGGGGCCUUUUUGGAUUUUCAUCUGCUCAACAGCAAAAUGGCACAGGAGCGGUUAAGUUCAACCCUCCCACAGGAACAGAUACAAUGAUGAGAUCGGGGCAGUCGUCUACUAUCAGUACAAAACAUCAAUGUAUCACUGCAAUGAAAGAAUAUGAAGCAAAAGUUUUGAGGAACUGCGUGUUGAUGAUUACACUGCAGGAAGGAAAGGGGGUAGUGGUAGGUUGCUUCUCAAAUAAAUCUGCAUUCGGGGCAAGUUUCAGGAACAGGAUUCAGGUUUUUGGGGGAGCAACCAAUAAUACUACAACAUCUGGUGGAUUAUUUGGUCAAAAGUAA